AUGUCCGACUCCAACACCCGAGCGUAUCUCUUCAAAUACAAGGGAUCUGACUUUGUCUUUUGCAGAACGGCCGGCCAUGGCGCUGAAGCCCAGGCACAAGUCGUCCGGAAAGUCAGCACAGGUGAGCUCUUCAUCCGGAAGGUGAGCAAGCACCGUCUCGAAGGACACCAAUGCACGUCGCCCAAUGAGUUCCGCCUUAUGGAAGACCACCUGAGUAAGCCUCCUCGCUCACCGGAUAUCCACCCCCUGAUUCCGCAGCUCUACGGCCACGAGAAGAUCUCAUCCAGUAACGGGAAAUUUCACCUUGUGUCCUACUGGCAGCUGAUGAACGGCGGCUCGGUCCAGGACAUAAUUCUGACCAAGUACAACUCGUUCAAGUACACCAAGUUCAAUCCCGACACACGGUUCCCAGCCAGACUCAUCGCCCGCAUGAUUCACCAGGUCCUCAGCUCUCUGCAACACCUUUACACCGUCUACGAGAAGCCGAUUUUCCACAGAGAUCUUCACAGCGGUAACAUCUGGAUUCACUUCCCAAGGGUUCCCUCCAGUACCGGUGAGCUCAGCGACGUCCCUGACUUCUAUCUCGGUGAUUUUGGCUACGCCGGCUUCAACACUGGCUUCAGCGGGAACCACAUUGCCACCCGAGACGUCGACCAAGUCAUGGAAUCCGCACGGCUGAUGAUCUGCGUCAACCUGCCGGAGAACCAGCGGCCACCAAGAAGCUGCGUAGUCCCUAACCCUGACGACCCCAACCGCAGCAAGAUCGCGGGAGACGCGCCCAUGUCUGCUGUCCUCUCGCUCUACUACGACCUCUGCGAUGAGCUGAACUUCUUCAAGGAAGAAAACAGCCGGUUCAUCCGCAAGCCCUCCUGCCCCCCGCCCGAUUUGAUCUCUUUCAUCCGACGCGCUAAAGCGGUCGAGCAGAAGCUUACGCCUUCGCUGACAGGGCUCAUGUUGAGGACGGGCCUAGACGAAUCUGGCGACCCGCGCGUCCAGAAGUUUAUGUAUGACCUCAAGGCGGGCGCCAUCAGCAAAGCUACGGCCCAGCCCUUUGCCAUGACCGGAUCGGUUCAGACGUGCUUAACCCCUAGGAUUCGGAAUUCCCGCAUCAAGAUCCAUGGUCCAUUCUACCUAGCGGAGAUCAGGGCUGCUACAGGUAUGUGGGAGGCGAUUGAUGACCAGACUUUCCACCGCCCCGGCAAAACGAGGGGAAGUGGACGGGGACUGAGAGCCCUCUCAGAGAGCCCGGAUGAGGAUUCGGGUAAUUCUGAUUCGGAGCCAGAAUUUUGA